GACUUAACAUAAUCACCAGUCCAAAGAUGAAUGUAAAAAAUGAACCCCUCUGUGUAAGAAUGGACUCUUCCAGAUAACACCAGGCUCGCUGAUUGGCUGCCAAAUCCUCCUCAGGACAUUGAUUCAGGCUAAGCGAUUGGUUACCUUUUUGAUUUCUGAACCGGAGGAGCCCAGUUGGGGUGUUUAUGGAAAUGAAAAAUUGAAAUGGUUACGCCCACCACUAUUCUCUUUACCUCUUGUGUGGUUUGGUGUCUUUUAUAUCAUAGAUUUUGUUCCCGAAAGCUGCCCGGCCGGGCCCCGGUUUGGAAAUGUAACUUUGCCCUUAUAGGCUAUAAUGAAGACUUUAUCCAUUUUAACCCUGGUGACUCCGUUUUUGUUUGGUGCUCCGAGCCUCGUAUUGCAAAACGUACAAUAGCCUGACGUUGUCUUCAUCAACAGAUACCAAAAAUAUACCGUCCAGCUGCCCUGAAGUAUCAGAGAAAGAUGGAUUCAACAAUCAGACAUUCUACGUCAUCGACCCUGAUGGACCAGAACGGGGGGUCCUGCCGAUGGUUGUCCAGUGUGACUUUCAAGAAGGAACAGUAAUAACCCUGAUUGGCCACAACAGUGAGGCACGGACACAUGUGAAAGGGUUUGACGGACGAGGUUCCUACUCCAAGGAUGUGACAUACUGGAAUAUCAUGGACCAAGUGAGAGCUGUGGUGGACAAGUCAACUCUCUGUAAACAGCACAUCAAGUAUGAAUGCCAUCGUUCAGUGAUCUUCGGCUCAACUGACACGCCCUUCGCCUGGUGGGUGACUUGGGAUGGUCGCCAGGCUGACUACUGGGGAGGUGCCAGUCCUGGGAGUGGGCAAUGUGCCUGUGGACAAGCAGGUACAUGCUCUGGCAGAUGCAACUGUGCUGUCAAUAAUUCCACAUGGCGUGAGGAUUCUGGGUUCCUGUCCCACAAGGAUGACCUGCCAGUCACCCAGCUCAGGUUUGGGGAUACUGGUGAUAGUGGUGAAGAAGGUUACUAUACCCUGGGGAAACUCAUCUGUUACCCCUGAGCCUACAUGUAGCCGUGAAUAAUUGUCUGGUACAGCAGUGUUCUUAGCAUGUAACAGUGCUGUGCAGAACUUACAUAAAUCAAUUCAUUAUGUCCAAUGAACAUAGUAUACUUAAGUCUUAAGAUAACCAAGCUAUCAUGACAGGCAUCAUAUUAUCAGUAAGUGACGUUGGGUUUGAGGUGUGAAUGCUUUGUUGUAACAGAAGUUGUAGCGUACAGUAAAUGCAUGAAUGUUCGCGGUGGUUUUAUGUUAGGGUUUUUGCGGUGGCCACUUCACCGCAAAUUUAAAACCACCGCAAACAUUUUUCCAUGGCAGUAAGAGACUACAGUGCAUGCUGCUCCGGGAACUUAAAACCACCGCGAAAAGUCCUUUUUCCCGCUUCCGCGAAUUUAAAUGUAUUUACAGCAUUCAAAUAGAAUUAAUGUUUCAGGUGUUAGAAAUUUGCUUGUCUUUGAUCACUUUAAUAAAACUUUUA